AUAAAAAUUUCAAUUUGAGUCACAAAAUGUUCUAAUUUUAAACAAUUAGGUCACUCCGGUCUAAUUUUGGCCAAUUUCUUAUCGGAAUUUGCUUACAUGUCACAAAAUUUUCAAUUUUUAAAAAAAUAAAAAUGACGUGUGGCAUAUUCUGCAAAAAAAAAAAAAUUUGAAAAAGAAAAAAAAAAGAAGAGGAUCUUCCACACAACGUCGUAACCUUAUUCCUCCAUAGGCAAAUCCGAAGCCACCGUCACUGUCUCUUUCUCCUCCGCCAUCUUCCUCUGGAAACACCACCACCCCCUUCCACCUCUACAACCUUCCUCUAGAGCCAGAUCCGGAGCCGCCACCACCCCUCUCUUCCACCUAUGCGACCUUCCUCCAAAGCCAGAUCCGGAACCACGCACUCCUGAAACUUCAAUAGAAGAGCUUCACUGGUACGCUUUUGAUCGUUGAUUUUUGAUUGUCGUUCUUGACUUUUGUUAUGAUUUAUUUUGGUGUGGAUUUUGGCCCUCUAUAUGCGUCUGGCCCACUUGGGUAUCUCAACCCACUUCGUCUUUGACAUAACCACGAGCCCGAUUACCAGCACCGACCUUCUCAUCGCCUUGGCUGGUCCCGGAGGAUUCUCCACCGUCGAUGCAAUAUGUUCCAUGGCGAGAUCCCGUGGCGCUAGAGUUCUGGUGUUAACAGCUCAGCCGGAGACGGGGUCAUGCGUGAAGCAUGUGAGGGUGUGCUAUGUGCCGACGCAGACCAUGGCGGAUGAUGAGGGUACUACUGGGGAGAAGAAAUCACGGCCGUUGAUGUCGAUGGGUAGCCUUUAUGAAGGGGCUAUGUUUGUGCUGUUUGAGGUGGUGGUGUAUCAGCUUGUUUGAGAGAAGGAUUUUGUAGAUAUUGGUGCUGGUGCAACUUUGGGAGAUGGAGAUCGUGAUGUGGCAAUAAAAAAUGACCAUUAAAGUUUAUUUUUAAAAAUAAAAAUGACAUGGAUUGGCCACAUCAUCGAAAAUGUUUGACAUAUGUCACCUAAUUGACAUGUAAGCAAAUUCCGAUAAGAAAUUGAUUGGAAUUAGACCGGAGUGAUCUAAUUGUUUAAAAUUAGAACAUUGAGUGAUCCAAAUUGAAAUUUUUAUCUUUGCGUAACCUAAUUGUAAACGG